AUGGAUAACUAUCAGAAGCUGGAGAAGGUCGGCGAAGGCACGUACGGUGUCGUUUACAAAGCCCGCGAUCUCGCCAACAACGGCCGCAUCGUGGCCCUCAAGAAGAUCCGUCUCGAAGCCGAGGAUGAGGGCGUGCCAAGCACUGCCAUCCGCGAGAUCUCCUUGCUCAAAGAGAUGCGGGACCCUAACAUUUUGCGUUUACUAAACAUCGUACACGUCGACAGCCACAAGCUCUACCUGGUCCUUGAGUUCCUCGACCUCGACCUGAAGAGGUAUAUGGAUGCCCUACCGGUCAGCGAUGGUGGACGCGGCAAGGCCCUCCCCGAGAGCUCUAGCGAGUCUCUAAGCUAUCUAGGACUAGGCGACGCCAUAAUCAAGAAGUUUAUGUGGCAACUCUGCUCUGGCAUCCGCUACUGCCACAGCCACCGCGUUCUUCACCGCGAUCUCAAGCCUCAGAACCUGCUAAUCGACCGCGAUGGCAAUCUAAAGCUAGGCGACUUCGGUCUAGCCCGCGCUUUCGGCGUGCCAUUAAGAACUUAUACCCACGAAGUCGUCACCCUCUGGUACCGCGCUCCCGAGAUCCUGCUAGGCGGCCGCCAGUACUCUACCGGUGUCGAUAUGUGGUCAGUUGGAACCAUCUUCGCCGAAAUGUGCAUUCGAAAGCCGCUCUUCCCUGGCGACUCCGAAAUCGACCAGAUCUUUAAGACCUUCCGCUUACUGGGAACACCCACGGAGGAAGUCUGGCCGGGCGUGACCUCUUACCCCGAUUACAAGUCGAGUUUCCCUAAGUGGCAUCGCGACUACUCGGUACCAUUGUGCUCCAACCUAGACGAGGAAGGCUUAGCCCUUCUGGAGAGGUGUCUCGAGUAUGAUCCCGCCAGCCGGAUCUCGGCCAAGCAGGCAUGCAACCACCCUUACUUCGAGGCUUAG